AUGAGUUCCCACAAUGUAAUGUUUUACAGCCUCAUAUUUACAGUCUCUGACCUCACUGUAACAACUUUGCUCUAUCUGCACAGCUGUAAAAAGCAAAGUGUUCUGGAAGAUGUAAUGCACUUUGAUAUAUUUCACUCUCUUUUGGACAUUUGGGGAAUGUCGUUACUAAGGAGCUGCAUAUUGCUAUGGGCUAUGAAAGGAGUUCAAAUAAAUCAUAUACAAGGUUCUAGCAGGCUUAAAUCGUCUGUGGCAACUAUGAUGUUGCUUUGCUAUCUCAUUGUUAUCUAUACCAUGAUAAAACUACUGCUAUUUUGUGAAGAGGAAAAGCUUCAGCUAGAUCCUUGGUUCUGGAGUCUAAUGGGUUGGACCUGGGUGUCAUCAGCUGUCACACUUUCCCUCUGGAGAGAGCUGGGUCAUGUGGACCAGGAUGGACCAGGAGUGUAUUGCAAGCUCUCUGCUAAACAGGAAGUGGAUCAAGAGAACAAAACAGAACAAGAAGCACAAAGCAAGUUGUCGUCAGGGGCAACAAUAGGAAAAAUUCUAUCCUACUGUAAAGCAGAUGCUGGAUAUCUUACAUUAGCUUCUGUCUUUCUUCUGUUAUGUUCUUUAGGGGAAUCUUUCAGCCCGUAUUACUCAGGGCAGGUCAUAGAUGGGAUCAUUGGCAAAAAAAGUCUGAAGCAGUUUUCCAGCGCAAUUGUUACUCUUUCAGCAAUAGCGGUGAUGACUGCCUUCUCGGCUGGUGUUCGGAGUGGUCUAUUUACUUUCAUAUCUAGCAGGCUGAAUAUAAGAAUAUGCAACAAUCUCUUCCGCUCAUUAAUGGUUCAAGAAAUUGGCUUCUUUGAUGAAAAUCACACUGGUGAUAUCAUCUCUCGUUUAACUUCAGACACAGAAGUUCUCAGUGGUGUGAUUUCAGAGAACGUACCAUAUUUCCUCCAGAUUCUGGUAAAAGCAGUAUGUUCAACUGCGAUCAUGUUCAGCCUAUCUUGGCGACUCUCUCUUGUGGCCUUCAUGGGAUUUCCUGUCAUAUUAUUGGUUUCGAGAGUGUAUGGCACAUACUAUAAGAAACUUUCCAAAGAAGUUCAGUCUGCUAUAGCGAAGGCUAACAGCACUGCAGAAGAAACUAUUUCAGCAAUUAAAACUGUUCGUAGUUUUGCUAAUGAGGAGACGGAAGCCAGUGUGUAUGCAGAAAAGCUAGAGCAAGUCCAGUCACUGCACAAGAAGGAGGCCUUUGCUAAUAUUUACUACAUAUGGAGUAAUGAAAUUACACAGCUGGUGUUGCAGAUUAGCACCCUGUACUAUGGGGGCUACCUCGUGGUUACUGGACAGAUGGACAGUGGUCACCUAAUUUCUUUCAUUAUAUAUGAAGUACUGCUUGGUGAAUGUGUGCAGUCUUUUGGUCACAUGUAUGGAGGGCUGAUGAAGGGCAUUGGGACAGCUGAAAAGGUGUUUGAAUUGAUAGAUCGUAAACCAAAAAUGGUAAACAAUGGGACUCUGGCUCCUGAACAUGUGGAGGGAAAAGUAGAGUUUAGAAAUGUUACUUUUGCAUACCCUACCCGUCCUUCAGAAAAUGUGUUGAAGAAUUUGUCUUUAACGCUGGUUCCGGGUAAAGUCACUGCACUAGUGGGUCCAUCAGGUAGUGGAAAAACAUCAUGCGCUAAUAUUUUGCUAAAUUUUUAUCCUGUACAAGAAGGGGAAGUUCUCCUAGAUGGGCAGCCGAUAAGUAUGUAUGACUACAAGUACCUACACAAUAAGAUUUCCAUUGUCAGCCAAGAGCCUGUGUUGUUUACUGGUUCCAUUCAGAAUAACAUUUCCUAUGGUCUGAAUUCUGUACCCCUGGAGCUCAUUGUAAGUGCUGCUGAGAAAGCAAAUGCUCACACUUUCAUCACAGAGCUUCAGGGUGGAUAUAACACAGAAACUGGAGAGAAAGGUACUCAGUUGUCUGGCGGUCAGAAACAAAGAGUAGCCAUUGCACGGUCUCUAAUCCGUAAUCCGACCGUUCUCAUAUUGGAUGAAGCUACCAGUGCACUUGAUGCAGAAACUGAGCAUGUAAUCCAACUGGCAAUGACAAGCAAUCUUGAGAACCAUACAGUGCUAAUAAUAGCCCACAGACUAAGCACUGUGGAGAAGUCACACAACAUCAUUGUUCUAGACAAGGGUAACGUGGUGCAGCAGGGAAGCCAUACUGCACUAAUGGAAGAAGGGGGACUUUAUGCCCAGCUGGUUCAGCAUCAAAUCUCAGGUGCCAAACCUGCAUCAGAGGAAAUAAAUCACUCAAGGCCAGAGAAAGAAGUUAACAACUAUAGUGCAAUGGAUGAAUGUUCAAUAAGCAACUCUGAUGGACAACUAUGAGAAAAUAUACCA